GAUAAAACUGUCUUUCUCGAGAAACUCUACCAGUUCAUGAACGACAACCAAUCGCCUAUCUCUAAAAAUCCAAUACUCGGAUUCAAAGAAGUGGACUUGCACCAGUUUUAUGUGAGCACUCACAAAAGAGGAGGCUACGAUCAGGUCACCAAAAAGAAGCUGUGGAAGGAGAUAUACAUGGAGCUGGGAGGCAGUGCAUGCAACACCAGUGCCGCCACUGGGACGAGGAAGAAUUAUGAAAAGUGA